AUGAUGACUAUUGUUGACACCACCGGGGUGCAUUUCCUCCCGGUGACGUGGUGCGGCUGUCCCGACGCCGGUGACCAUACAUCGCAGCUUCUCGAUGCCGGGUUGUAUCCGGCGAGCCAGCGGAAGGCUCGUACAUGCUUCACCUUUGGGGCACUUGACGGUUUCCUGCUGGACAAUCUGGAGUGUAAGACUACCGCCAUGAAUUACUACGCACGGAUUCGACGGGCCACUAAUCCGGCGUUUCCCCAUGAAGUACCGGAUCGAUACCUUGAGUUGCUUAGAGUGAGCCGCGAAUGGGCGUUGCUCCAGGCGAAGAAACAGUUUGGAUACGGGCCACAGUGGCGAGAGGCCCCGGGCAACGGAGACCUUGCUCACUUUUGCCCGGCAUGUCCGCAGCCCGGAGUGAACAUACCCGAGGACUGGGAGGUGGAUGAUAGGAAGUACCUAUAUGCCCGAGGAUAUGUCAUGGAUGGGAACUUCCACGCCGAGCAAAUGAAAAUGCGCAAGCCCGAGAACGACGUACCGUUGAUGCCGGGGAAAAUGUUCAUGGUUCAUCCCGGCCCAUACGAGGAGCACCUGAGAGUAGCGAAGGACGUGAAGAUGGUGAGGGUCUGCAACGACCACAAGGCGGUCUCCCAGGCCAACGCCGACCGGCAUAAGCUCGCUGUCACCGGGAUCGGCGCAACAUCUUGUUUGAGGCACGGGUGCUUCCUUCCGCACUCGGUAGUGAACUAUCAGAAGGGUGAACGUCAGAUGAACAUGGACUACUCUCUGUCCAAUGCUCUCGGCUACCGCUCGAGAGGCAUUGGGCACGUCUAUGUAUCAUACGACAUCAUGUGCCAGUACCACGUCCAUCUCAAUGACCGGUUUGACGACAAUCCUUACCUUCAAAUGCCGGGGGGCCUCGUCCUAUACAAGUGCAUUGGCCUCUUUCACAUUCACGGUCACAAGGCGGAGUGCGAGCUCCGGCACUCUCUCACCUUCACCGAGGGGGCCGGGGAAGCUGACGGCGAGAUCAUCGAAACCCAAUGGUCGGGGAUCAAUCCCGUGUCGGGUAGUACCCGCUCAAUGUCAACAUCCCACCGGCAGGAAACCCUCGACCGGCACAUGAACAAUUGGAAUUGGAAGAAGAUGAUCACCAUGGUGGCUUCGCUGAGAAGAAAAAUCAAAGCCAAUCGGCCACUGCUGGCCGACAUGAAGGCCGACCUCACCGCAAAGGAGGCCAGUGUCGAUGCCGAGAUUUUGGGAGAGUGGAGGAGGGAACUCAGGAUAGUACAACAACGAAGGCUGCGGGAUGUGAAGGUAAUGGACAGGUAUCAAGCGAAGAAACAAAUUAUGCCUUCGCGGCUCGAACUUCAGAUUAAGCUGGCAGAAGAAGAGGGUGACGGCGGGGACCGCGUUGGCACAGCAGACUGGAUUGCCGACGGCCUUAAGCUUGAAGAGCAACAGUCACAAAUGGGGGCCACUGUGACGGGGGCUCAAGAGUUAAAGCUGGCCAAACGCAGGAAGCCUCUCGAGAGUCAGAUCCGGCGGUUCCACCGGCGAGCGGCUGCAAUUCACCGAAGGCAUGACUGGGGUGUGGCAGAGGAGGAAGCAGUGGAUGACGACUCGGCUGCGGAGUGGGAAGACGAUCCCAACGAUCCCCCAGCACAUGCCAACAAUCCAUGGUCCAUCUUUCCCAGUAAACCGCCCGCACCAUACCCAGUGAAGGCGGCGGAACAUACGAAACUCGGGCUACCUUCGAAUUUCACGCGGAAUGCUCUUACCGCCAAUGGAUUGCAACGGUUGGCCGCGCACGAGCUCACUCUGCGGCGCGGACAAGCAAAUGAUGCCUUGCAGCAGCUUCGGAUUCUCAUCGGCAAGAAGUCGUUUGAGUUCCAGACAACCAUUCGGCACGGGAGGAAAGAUGGCAACAAGAAGCGCACCCGAUCCUUUACCAAGUUGGGUAAACUCGACCGAGCUGUACAGCUUCAAGCCGCAAUCUAUCGCCGUGCCCGAGCGGCCAUGCAAGUGCUCGGCCUGUCUGCAGAGGAUCAAGCUAAAUAUCAGCAGCUCACCCCAGACGAUCUAAAGACAGUAACCGCCAUUGCUGAGCCCAACAAGGCCGGCCAACGGCACAAGUCCCCCUCGUGGAUAUGGAAUGUUAACGUCGGUGGGGACAUACGGAGCAAUGACGAGUUGGGGAUCAUUCACAGGGUACAGUGGUUCCAUGCCCGUUCAAAGGUCGACAGAUUGGAGGAAGAAGCCGCCAUAUUGCGCAGGGAGCUUGACUCCGUGUGCCGAUACUUU